AUGGCCGAUAACGGCAAGAACAUCUCCGUCGCUGUUGGGGAGUCAUUCGAAGUUGAACUUGCCAGCAAUCCCACCACCGGCUUCACAUGGGCUCUGGAGGGUAAUGACAAGAAACAACUGCCCGCUGAAGCCACCGGUGGAGGCAACUCUUUCAGCAACAAUCACUUUCACGUUAAACGAGAGUACAUUCAUCCCGAUACACGAUUGCUUGGGGCCGGUGGUACUGAUCGAUUCCGCGUAACACCGCGAGUGCCCGGUGAACACGAGUUGGUGCUUGUUUACGCACGAUCAUGGGAAGCACCAGACCCGAAUGCAAAACGAUUCCGUGUACGUGUACGCGUGGCGUAA